AAGCUGGAUAUUCGUGCAUAAACGGGCAGUACGGGCACCUUAAUGCUUGAUGUCCGCGGUACAUGGAAGAUUGUACGUAAAUUGUGUUUUUGAUGCACGGUUAGUGGACGGUGCUCUUCUUGGAUGAGUUUUUGAAUAUGUUAGUGGACUAUGGAACUGUAGGGUACUAUCCGACCAAGAUCUUCAAGACUAGAUAUCUGCGCAGUUUACCUAGGAUACAGGAGAAUGAACAUAAAGGUAUGUAGUGGCACAAACUUGUAUCUACUGAUAAACCUUUUAAGGAUUCAAAUCUAUUCCAAAACAUCUGUGAUAAAGUUGCACACGCCGUCACUGUACAACGCGCCUGGAUAAAGGCCAAAAGUAACCAUGUAUCGCAUAUCUUAAGGCCGUAACGUUAGAUUAAGCUGAGAUAAAUAGUCAAAUUGUUAAUAUUUAAACAUGCAUUAUCAAUAACCAAACUAAUAAAACAACAGUUUUUUUGUCC